GUUGUAGGUGUUAUCUCACAAAUUGGCUUGUAGAGGUGAACAUAGAUUCUCAUAGUUUCAAUUCUUACUCUGUUAUAGUGCAUGAAUUAAUUGGAGGUUACUAUGUUGAUAAAAAAAAGAAUGUUACUGUAAAUUUACAUUCAAGAGUUUCAUUGGUCAGGUUCACGGUAGUAGCAUGAGGCCUUCUUCUUCUUCUUCUUCUUCUUCUUCUUCUUCUCCUUCUUCUUCUUCUUCUCCUUCUUCUGCUUCUCCUUCUUCUCCUUCUUCUUCUUCUUCUUUUUCUUCUUCUCCUUCUUCUUCUUCUCCUUCUUCUUCUUCUCCUUCUUCUUCUUCUCCUUCUUCUUCUUCUCCUUCUUCUUCUUCUUCUCCUUCUUCUUCUUCUUCUUCUUCUUCUUUUCACAGAAGUCAUUCUCAAAUAAGUCAUCCUCCUCUUCUUCUUUUUUUCACAAAAUUCAUCCUCAAAUGUAUGAUUUGAAAUUUUUUGCUUCUCUUCUUAUUCUUUUUUUCACAAAGUCAUCCUCAAAUUCUUCUUUUUUUCAGAGAAGUCAUCCUCAAAUGUAUGAUUUGAAAUUUUUUGCUUCUCUUCUUAUUCUUUUUUUCUCUUCUUCUUCUCUUCUUAUUCUUUUUUUCACAGAAGUCAUCCUCAAAUGUAUGAUUUGAAAUUUUUUGCUUCUCUUCUUAUUCUUUUUUUCACAUAAGUCAUCCUCAAAUGUAUGAUUUGAAAUUUUUUGCCCUCACAAUGUUGCCUUUCUCAUCAUCUUUCUCUUCCUUGCUUGUUCUUCAAGUUGUGUUAGCCUACAUGUUUAGCAUAUAGAUUUCUUUUCUUUCUCCCGCUACGUCUUUUGCAUUGUCUCUUCUUCUCUUCUUCUUCUUUGCACAAAAGUCAUCCUCAAAUGUAUGAUUUGAAAUUUUUUGCCCUCAUAAUGUUGCCUUUCUCAUCAUCUUUCUCUUCCCUGCUUGUUCUUCAAGUUGUGUUAGCCUACAUGUUUAGCAUAUAGAUUUCUUUUCUUUCUCUCACUACGUCUUUUGCAUUGUCAAAUAAAGUUUUAGGUUGUUC